GAGAGAGAGAAAGCGUCGGUGGAGAAUUCAUUUCCAUUUUGAUACAGAGAAAUAUUGUAGAGAGAAAGAGAGAAAUUAGAAAAGGGGGGAGGCCAAAGAAUCGCUUCGUAGAUAAGCCAUCAAUAACCCCAAGAUUUCUCUCUCCAUACAUGUAUCUAUACAUACAUACAUUCAUAUAGCUGUUGAUUAUGUAUGUAUGUGUACAUAAGGGGAAAUUUUUAGAGACGAAAAAUUAUUAGUGAGGCGACGGCAUGGCUGAAUUGAGCUCCGAUUCCGUUAGCCUCGACGUGGAGACGAUUUAUCUUGGCGGAAAGGAGCAUAUUGUACAAACUGCGAGCGGUUCUGUAUCUGUUAUAGUUUAUGGAGACCCGGAUAAGCCAGCUCUGGUCACUUAUCCUGAUUUAGCUUUAAAUCAUAUGUCUUGUUUUCAAGGAUUGUUCUUUUGUCCAGAAGCUGCAGCUUUGCUGCUUCAGAAUUUCUGUGUUUACCAUAUUAGUCCUCCUGGACACGAGUUGGGAGCUGCUGCAAUUUGUGCCAAUGAUCCUGUUCCUUCUGUCAAUGACUUAGCGGAUCAAAUUCUUGAGGUGCUCAACUAUUUUAGGCUUGGUGCAGUUAUGUGCAUGGGUGUAACGGCCGGCGCUUACAUUCUCACCUUGUUUGCUACGAAGUUUAGGGAGCGGGUUCUUGGUUUGAUCCUUGUUUCUCCUUUGUGCAAAGCCCCGUCUUGGACAGAGUGGCUCCGUAAUAAGGUGAUGUCCAAUUUACUGUAUUAUUAUGGCAUGUGUGGUCUGCUGAAGGAUUUCUUACUUUACCGGUACUUUAGCAAGGAAGUUUGUGGCGAUGCUGAAGUUCCAGAAUCAGAUAUAGUUCAAGCAUGCAGAAGAUUGCUGGAUGAGAGGCAGAGCACAAAUGUGUUGCGUUUCCUUCAUGCAAUAAAUAGGAGACAUGACAUUACUGAUGGAUUGAAAACGCUCAGGUGUCGAACUCUUAUAUUUGUUGGGGAUGAUUCUCCUUUCCAUUCAGAGGCUCUUCACAUGGCUGCUAAAAUGGAGAGAAGAUACAGUGCCUUGGUUGAGGUACAGGCUUGCGGAUCAAUGGUGACGGAGGAGCAGCCACAUGCAAUGUUGGUACCCUUGGAAUACUUCUUCAUGGGGUAUGGACUAUACCGGCCAAGACAGUUUAAUGGCAGCCCAAGGAGUCCAUUGAGCCCUUCUUGUAUUGCACCUGAACUCCUCUCUCCAGAAAGCAUGGGGUUGAAACUGAAACCAAUCAAGACUCGCAUUUCGCCUGGCAGAUAAUGCUAGUUUCAUCCUUACUCUGUAAAUGGACGCCCGUCUAACCUCAUUUUAUGUUUCUUUUUUUUUUUUUUUUUGGUAUUUCAAUCAUAUUCAUGCCAUUUAUGUUUAAAUUGUUGAGGAGGGUAGAUAUGGUUUUAGAUAGGGGAAGGAGAUUCUUUAUUGGACAUGUAACAUAGGGUGGGAGUAUUUGGAUUAAAUUGAUUCAUUUGUAGUCAGUCAUGAAUUCAUCACUUGAUUUGUGUGAUGUGUAAAUCUUGAAGAUGAUAUUCAUGAUAAGGACGAGUGAUAAAUAAUAGAGACCAAGUGAGCUGGUGA